GACUGUCCUUGCAAAGUUGGAACUGCCCCACUUUGAGCAAAGACCCAUUGUAGUCUACUCUGCAGGUUCAAGAAACAGUCCAUAAAAUACAUCACACAGCGUCACACACUGCAGGCUUGAGUGAGAAACAGCCGGCGGACAUGAGAACAGCACGACCCUGGGCUGGACUCCACUUAGUCCACUGUAAAAGCUGAUCCGGCGAUCUACAGCACGAAGUUGAUGUAUUUCCUCAGCGACCAGCACGGAUCAGCUCUAGAGAUGACGAAGUGGAUAUUGUCCUCUUUUGGAAGGCCAAACUAAGUAGUUUCGCUUUCACAAUGAAACACACAGCAUCUCCACAACAUGGCAGCGAUGGCGGUAGCGGCAACAGCAAUACUACACCGAGAAUAAAAGUUACUCCUCCUUUCUUUGCGUGAACAUUUGGGAGGUGUUAUGCAAAUCUUCCCACACAGUGACAUAGACAUGUGGGGGCGUGUUUAAACGAGGCGUUUAGAAGGGCGUGGACAAGUCUUAACUUUUAUAAAAAGAUUUGAGACUUUAUAGAUCAUCCUUAUGCACCAAGAGCUUGUAACACUCCAAAGAGAAAGCAGAAAUUGAAAUCAAAUCAUAUGACCCCUUAAUGUAUUUUUAUGUCCCCUCUGAGUCCACGUUUUGUGAAUUUAGCCAAAAACAUGUCAUAUUUUCCCCAUUCCUUACAAGCCUCCAGCAUAUGACUCACUAGACUCACUAAAUUUCAGCAUGCAUUUCUCUCGUAUUGUAACAGUAGUCAUUUUCUUCCAUCCAUGACACAUGAAGUGAAAUUAAACUGGAGUGUCCCAGAAUGAAUUUAGUACUUUACUAGAGAAAUAUACAAGCUGAAAAGCAUGCAAAGUGUUUUGGUUAUUGAAAAAGUACAAUUGUGAACAGAGUUGUUACAAACAAAGAGAAAAGUUAAAUAAAGCAACAACAGUUUUAUAGCAUGUGCUGGUCUAACAAAAGGAAUCAUGAAAUUUCAUGAUAUAAUUCUUGGGAAAUCUCUGCUGUGACUAAGUGUCUUUUUUUUUCUUUUCCAGGUAUGCCCCUAAACCAAUCCUAAAACCUACUCUACUGUGCAAGGAUGUAAGAUCAAUGAAGUGAGACUGGAGAGAAUUACAUCCAUCUGAAGGAGAUAGAAAAGGGAUUUUGAUAUACUUGUGUGACUACUUCACAAGACAGGAUAUGAAGAAACUGAGCAUGCUUCAUCUUUGAAACAAUUUCCCCUUUGAAACAAUUGAACCCUUGGUUCUCCUGUCACAUGAACUUGAGAGAUAAUUGUGAGUCUGGUAUUAAAAACAGACUGAAUAGUCAAGAUAAGAGUGAAUCUGCAUUAAAUUAUAUCAGUUUAAUUAUGAAAAUGGGACAGAUUGCAAUAUUUUUUCUGCACACACAUCUGCUGCUUGGAGUCGGAAGCUCCCUGGUCAUUCAGUCCAUGCCCUGGAGAGUGCCCUGCCCUUACCAGUGUGUCUGCCAAAUCAAGCCCUGGUACUCUCCCCAGUCGGUGUACAGAGAAGCUCCUACAGUAGACUGUAAUGACCUGCUACUUAUCCAGCUGCCCACUUCCCUCCCUCAAGAGACACAAACCCUCCGGCUGCAAAGUAACCUCAUCAGUUCUGUAGACCAGAGUGAACUCCAGGGCCUUGUCAAUCUGACAGAGCUGGAUCUCUCCCAUAACAGCUUUAUCAGUACCCAUAACCUGAGGAUAACCGACCUGCCAGCCCUUCUCAGCCUACACAUGGAGGAAAACCAACUGAGACACCUCCCAGAAGCAGCUUUCUUUGGUCUCCCUAGCUUGCAGGAGUUGUACCUCAAUCACAACAGGCUUCUAAGCAUCUCCCCUGGGGCCUUCAAGGGUCUGGAUAAACUUCUAAGGCUUCAUCUCAACUCUAAUCGAUUGGUUGUAAUUGACCAGCGUUGGUUCCAUGCUUUGCCACAAUUGGAGGUUCUCAUGAUUGGUGGAAACCCUGUGGACACUAUUCAGGACCUAAAUUUUAAACCACUGAGCUCUUUGCGCAGUCUUGUCUUGGCAGGCAUGGGCUUACGUGAGAUCUCGGAGCGAGCGCUAGAGGGGCUUCAAAAUUUGGAAAGCAUUAGCUUUUAUGAUAAUCACCUAAUAAAAGUUCCAAAAGAGGCAUUGCAAAAGUUGCCAGGUCUAAAGUUCCUUGACCUGAACAAGAAUCCCAUUAAGCUAGUGCAGAGGGGAGACUUUCAAAAUAUGCUUCACCUGAAAGAGCUUGGCUUAAACAACAUGGAAGAGCUGAUCUCUAUUGAGCAUUCGGCAAUGGAAAACUUGCCUGAACUGACCAAACUGGAGAUCACAAACAAUCCUCGGCUCUCCUAUAUCCACCCUCAGGCCUUCAAUAAUUUGCUGAGUAUGGAAAGUCUAAUGCUGAACAGUAAUGCCUUGAGUGCACUGCAUAGCCAGACAGUUAGGUCGUUACCCAGCCUUCAAGAAAUCAGCUUGCACACCAAUCCUAUUCGCUGUGACUGCCUGAUCCGCUGGGUGGGAGCCGACAAUAACAAGCCAGUCCGUUUUAUUGAGCCUCAAUCCACAUUCUGCUCUGAGCCUCCUGAGCUGAAAGCCAGACAAGUUAAAGAAGUCUCAUUCAGAGAGAUGGCAGACAGCUGCCUGCCCUUGAUUGCCCUAAGCACAUUUCCCUCUUACAUAGAAGUCAAACAUGGUGACAACAUAGCCUUGCACUGUCGAGCACUGGCAGAGCCAGAGCCAAGUAUCUACUGGGUCAUUCCCCAAGGCAUGAGAUUGACUCCAUCCAGCAGCUAUGGGCGUUAUCAGGUUCUCACAGAAGGCACAUUAGAGAUUUUGGGAGUCACUGCUAAGGAGGCCGGCUUCUACACUUGUGUUGCGCAGAACCUAGUGGGAGCUGAUACUAGAAGCUUGACUCUACAGGUGGAGGGAGGAGACCUGGUUCUUACAAAUACAUACAAAAAGACAGAGGACAGCUUUAAAGUUCUGGAUGUCAAAGAAAGGUAUGCCUUACUAAUCUGGCAAGCAAGCCAUAACAUCCCUACCACCCAUUUAUCAUGGGUGGCCAAUGGCAGUCUGGAAGAACAUCAUAGACAUAGCGCUCGAAUUCUAGCUGGCACCAGGAGAUUCAACCUAACCCGUCUGCAACCAGGCACUCAUUACAAAGUUUGUCUACACAUGGGGCCUAAUGUCACCUCAUGUGUCCAUCUAAGGACCAAGAAGGUGUCCAUGCCAGAUCCUUUACCAGACCUGACCCCAGCAGUCCUGCUGGUAGUGUCUGCUCUGCUCCUUUUAUUUGCAACCAAAGCAUGUAAUGGGGGAGCCUCAUUUGUUUGGAAAGACCACAUGCUGGAGCUUGAAAAACCUUACACCACCAUUCUGACCCAGGAGGCAAAGGCUUUCAUGGCUCCUCCAAUACUAGUAAAGUACCCAAAUCAGCAGGAUCCAAACAAAGUCCUAUCAGACGGCAGAGGGAAUGAUCUCAGAAAUACUUCACUGAGGCAAGAUGUUUGGGGGCUAACAAAAGAGUCAUGCUGAGCAGAAUAAAGAGUUCAAGAAGGAUGGACAAAAAGAAAAAAAAACCUGGAGUAUAAGUUUCACAAAACUCACUUUACCAUUCUGACAGUCAAAACUACUGAACAUCUGAGAAACACAAUACUAGACAUUUAAGUGGCAGACCGCUUCACAUAACAGUGAUCCAGUUUCAAAGUAUAGUAUAAAAACAAAAC